AUGUCAAGUCCAUCCGCAUUGUCUUAUGAAGUUAGAGAACUGACAGAUGCAUCAUCCUAUGAUGAAACUCAGGAAGAACAACCAACAGCUAUGGCUAAUUCAAAUGAAUCUGAAGGCAAUGAGUCAUCACUUACUACUGGUAGUGAGUCUUCAAAAAGUAAAGAUGAAUUAGUUGGAGAGUGUAGGUUUUGCAAUAAAAGUUUAAAAAUUCGAAAGAAUAAGUCAACAUCAAGUUUCAAAAGGCAUCUUGCUGCUCAUCAUGAAAAUAAAGUACCAGAAUUAAGAAUGCCGAAUCAAGCACAUAAUGCUAAUACAAUUUACAAUCGUAAAAUUUUUGAUCCUCAAAAAUUUACUGAUCUUGUCAAAAAAUGGUAUGCACUUUCAGAUACAGAUUGGGACAAAAUCAAGCUUCUUGUUAUGAUUUUGGUACCAUUUAAAGAUACAACAGUCGAAAUGUCAAAACAAAAAUACCCAACAUUGUUUAUGGCAAUUCCUUUUUAUUAUACAUUAUUAGAAACAUUUAAAGAGACUGUGCAAAAUGAAGAUAUGCUGCAAUAA